AUGACAAAUACAUCGCAAACUCAACAAUCAAAUAAUCUUGAUCAGUUUUAUUCGGCUGUUGUGUCCAAAGAGCCAAAUCAACGAUUGGAAUGUUUUUCCGAAUUAGAAAUAUAUUUAAACGAUCAAAAUAAUACAUUAGAAUGUGAGGAUACAUAUGGAUUUAUUAGUGGUCUACUAAAAUGGGUUGAAUGUAGUAAUUACAGAAUAGCUUUUAAUGGUUUAAGAGCUUUGGAAGCAUUUGCUGAUAGGUUGGACAGUGAAUUUGAACGUUAUGUCGAUGAUGUUGUUCAAGCAUGUAUUGAUCGUUUGGGUGAUUCUAAAGAUCAGAUUCGGGAUCAAGCAUCAAAUCUAUUAAUCAAAUUAAUGUCAAUGUUUACAGCCCAGAUGUAUAUGAGAUGUGUAAUAGCGGCCAUAGAUGAUGCUGUCAUAUUAAAUGAUCAGACAGAUACAAACCUUAAAUUUGGUGCGUCUUCUAUUCAAUUAAAUAAAUUAGUCCCAUUAAUUUGUAAACUUGUCACAGAUUCGAAUAGUCAAGUUCGACAACAAGCAAUUGAUACACUUGUUGAAAUAUAUCGACAUGUUGGUGAAAAAGUUCGAAGUGAUAUUUCGAAAAGAGAUAUUCCAGAAGCAAAAUUAAAAAUCUUAUAUGAAAAAUUUGAUGAUGUUGUUGCUAGCGGAAGAAUGUUAGUAAAAGAAGAUGGUAAGUCAAUGAUAUUGAUUUGA